CAGAUUGCCCUUCCUGAUCAGUCAAAUAGUGACAACAACAAUGGCGGCGUCUGCUCGGCUUUUCAUCAGAGGUGCACACUCCAAACUUUCUAUCCCCGGCUUAGUUACCGUGCCGCCGAGCUUUGUUGGACCCGCAUUGCUGAAACCGUCACCGAGCGGCAGCUCCCACACCAAAACACAACGUAGACAUGCUGCCCACUUCACUUUCCAUCCGGACCCCGACACAACACAGUAUGGGCCAACCGAAAAGAUGAAUUUGUUCCAAUCGGUUACAAGUGCAUUGGACAACACCCUUUCCGGAGACCCGACAGCAGUCAUAUUUGGGGAAGACGUGGCCUUCGGUGGAGUAUUUCGCUGCACAGUGGGUCUAAGAGACAAGUAUGGUAAAGAUAGAGUCUUCAACACUCCUCUUUGUGAGCAGGGGAUUGUUGGAUUUGGUAUUGGUGUAGCUGUUGCAGGAGCCACAGCUAUCGCAGAGAUUCAGUUUGCAGACUAUAUAUACCCUGCAUUUGACCAGAUAGUCAAUGAAGCUGCUAAGUACCGCUACCGCUCUGGCAACUUGUUUGACUGUGGAAAUCUCACCAUUCGAGCUCCCUGGGGGUGUGUUGGACAUGGAUCUCUCUACCACUCCCAAAGCCCUGAGGCCUUCUUUGCCCACUGCCCUGGGGUCAAGGUUGUAGUGCCUCGUAGCCCAGUGCAAGCCAAGGGGCUGCUCCUCGCUUGCAUCGCUGAUAAGAAUCCAUGCAUUUUCUUUGAACCCAAGAUCCUUUACAGAGCAGCAGUGGAACAGGUUCCUACAGAGGCCUACACUAUACCUCUCUCACAGGCUGAAGUUUUAGAGGAAGGAAGUGAUGUCACUUUGGUUGCCUGGGGGACACAGGUUCACGUGAUGAAGGAAGUGGCCACAAUGGCUCAGGAGAAACUUGGAGUUUCUUGCGAGAUCAUCGACCUUCGUACUAUCCUGCCAUGGGAUACUGAAACUAUUUGUAAGUCUGUGGUGAAAACUGGACGUUUGCUCAUUAGUCACGAGGCCCCUAUAACUGGAGGCUUUGCUGCUGAAAUCAGCUCUACAGUGCAGGAGGAGUGUUUUCUCAACUUGGAGGCUCCCAUUACUAGAGUGUGUGGUUACGACACUCCAUUCCCACAUAUUUUUGAACCCUUCUACAUCCCAGACAAGUGGAAGUGCUUUGAAGCAAUCAAGAAGAUGAUUAACUUCUAAAAUUGGAGUCAGUGCCAACUCCUGAAGGCCCCAAACUCUGUGCUCUUCCUUUUCCCUCCUCAAGUAUCCAUUCAGUAGAGGGCGGCCAGAAAUAAACACUUUGUUGACCAUCCAGUAGGGAAGAAGCAUCCAGAUGAAUCCCAGCUCCCUGUGUACCCUCAGACUUAGCAAUUAAAACUGUUACAUAACCUGUGGACUCUCUUCUAUUACAUACAUGAUGGCUACCAUUUGAUUAUAUGAUCCUUUGUACAAUAUAUACUGUUGUUUUAUUGACUUAAUAAAAUAGAGUUCUAUCAUU